AUGGAAUCCAAUGGGAAUGAUUCAUCUUCACAUAUAAUCUCACUGUUCAAUUCUCCGAUAGGAUACUUUAAGAACCCUAUUGUACAUGAAAAGAAUAGAGAAAAGAAUAGAGAUAGAGAUACCAAACUAAGCAGUUCUAACAACACAAUUAACAGCUUAACAUAUAAAUCUCCUUUAAGUAAAGGAAACGGCUUAACUUUAGAUAAAUUACCAUUUGAACUAAGAGUUAAAAUCGCAAAUGAAUUAUCACAAUAUGAUUGUAUUAACCUUUUAAGAGUAUGUAAAUCAUUGUAUAUAUCAACCAUAGUCAGGUUAGAUCAACAUAUCCAAGUUGAUAAAAAUUUUAGUCAAUUUAGUAAAGAGUUUGAUUAUCAUCAAUACAUGGAUACAGAGUUUGGUAUUCAACCAUUUUCUUGUUCAUUUAUAAAAACUAGUUAUAAUUAUAAAAAGUUUUUAAUAAGUUAUACUAAACUCUUUAAACAAGUUACUACCAAUGAUCAUUUUCUAGAUUUAAAUUUAGAAAAUUUCCCAUAUGUUAAAGCUCUUUAUUUUAUUGAUAUCCCCGAUGCAUUGAAUAUUCAUGACCAUAAUUUAACUGAUACUCUAGACCAAUUUUUCACCACCUUGGUUAAUUUAAAAUGUUUCAUAUGGCUUGAUAAUGGAUUUAAACUGGAUUAUCUUUGGAAUAUACCUAAAAGUUCUUUAAUUACAAGCUUAUCAUUGAAUAUUAGAAAUAAUUCCCAAUUAUCAGAGUUUAGAUCAAAUACUACAAAUCGAUCAAUUCUGUCUUCAAGCCCGAAAGAUUUAUAUAAUUACCAAUCACUUUCAAUGCUUGAAAGUCUUUAUAUUAUUCCAUUUCAAACAUCUAAUCAAUUGACAAAAUUAUUAACUAAAAUUUUGAAAUUCAAUCAAAAUCUUAGCCAGAAUUUGAAAAUAUUAAAGCUUGCAAAAUUUGAUCAUGAAAUUACUCUGCUGAUAUAUCCAUAUUACUCAUUAGUUUCUAAUUCAACCAAUCAAAUUAAACCGCAAGAUUCAAACACUUUAAGGGCAAUUUUCAUUGAUUGCAAUAUGUUCCAAAAUCAUACCAUUUUACAAAACUUAUCUAUAUUACAAUUAAGUGGAUGUAUAUUAAAUGCAAAUGAAGCAGAUUUACUUUGUAAAUCUGUAAAUCUUGAAAAUUUACAAACUUUAGAAUUAAAACAAAUUUCUGAAUAUCAACUUAUAGAUUCUUUUAUUGAUACUCCUCAGCCUGAAGAUCUUGAACCCAGUUUUCUUGAUAGAAUUUGCCCUCUUUUAAAGAACUUGAACCAUCUACAUUUAGAUUAUCGAGAGGCAUUGGUCGAUACAGUUCCACGAUUUCUAGAGAGAUUACCCACCAGAAAUUUACAAUCCUUAGAUCUAGUUAUUAGAUAUAACACAAGUAAACUACAAAGUUUUAACCAAGAUGCAAACCUAUUAUAUGAAGAAUAUUCAAAUUCAAUAAUUUCUGGCAACAAUUCUAAAACUUUGAAAAAAUUAGCAAUUGAUAUCAAGGAGGAGAAUGUCUUUUGUGAUCUUACUAUUCCAAUCCCAUCUAAUCAUUUCUAUAAUGAAAUUGCACAAUGUAAACAAUUGACAUCAUUAAGAAUUAACCCAUCUACUAAAACUGAAGAUGGGUCUCAUCAGAAGGGACAUAUAAUUUCUAUUGUAUCACAAUUAAACAAGUUGAAGUAUUUAGAAGUUUUUGGUACCCAAGCUGGUGGAGCACCACAUAUGGGAUUAGAAAUGGUUCAUCCAACAAUAUUUGAUGAAUGGUUCAAGGUACAACAUGUAGCCAUGUUAUAUUCACAAACAAAUUCAAACAUUCAAUAUAUAAAGAUUAACAAAUGUUUAUUUGAAUCUAUCUCAGGUGAUAUGAAUCCUAGGGAUGGAAUUGAUAGAUGGUUUAAUCAUAAAGUUAGAGUUGGUGUGGAUUAG